GGCGAGAUCGAGCGCGGGUCGGCCGAUGGCCCCCGCCCGCAGCAGCAGGGUUUGGCGGACCCAGGCUGGCGGGACGGGGAGCGGGAGGCCAAUGGAAAGCCGGUCCUACCGUCGGACAAAGGGUCGUCUCAGAGCAGGGCGAAAGUGGAGCGAGGGAAGGGAAGGAAGGGGAAGGGGAAGGGAGGGGGAGCUCUUGGGGGGCUUCGGCGACAGAGGACGAGGAGAAUCGUAAAAAGUGACAGAAUUUGGGGCCUUGGUAACACGGAAGCGACGUGCCGAUUACAGUCCGGCGGAAAUUGGUGAUAUGAAGUGUCGAAAUGAUCGAGGGCCUUUCGGAAUUGGCCGUCUCCGAGCCGAUCUGUGCUGCGUUUGACCAUGUAGUCCUCGUUGGCGAAUUGCUAGGGUUGUUCUGCGAUUGCUGGGGAGCUCCGGAAUUGCGGUAUGCGAGAUUGACGUCGUGAUGCAUAGCUGCAUUGGAAGCGAUGCAUCUGGAAUUGUGCAGACGAGCCGGUGCUGUUUGUGAUUGUGUUCUUCCCGUGAGUCGUACCUCGGGAUAGUUUCCAGAGAGUGCAAUGCAACACUCUGGGCGAGGUCCCAAGGUGUCUCUCAGAGGUGCAAGCGCGAAAGAGGUGCCCAGAGAUGCUUUUAUCAAGAAAGUUGCGAAGGAAAGAGAAUCCCGUUCCCAUGAUCGCCAGAGAGCUGCAUCGUCGCUUCUCAUCCAGAGGGUCUGGAGAGGACGAAGGGCUGCCCGAGAAGCAGUUGAGCGGGAAGGAGCAGACUGGGAUGCAGGGAUAAUUAACAAAAAGCACAUUCAUGGCUCCUAUACAGCAGACGACAUAUCUCAGAAGGUCCUCAGACCUUUUCUCUUCCUCUUUAGCCGUCCUUCAGGCCUCUCGUUCCACGGCUCAAGAGCGGCCAAGAACGUGGGCAGAAUCGCUCCAUGCUUCAAGCUUCUUCUUGAUAGUAUCAGCUCUACUGAUCCUCGAAGCAACUACUGCUCAUUGGCCAUCGGUUCCUUAGAGGAGCAAUCCAGAUGGGUUUAUCAAGCUCACAAGAUCCUAGAACUCUGCAGUGCAGUUUUGGCGAACGACGGCUCUGCAUGGAACAGUAUAGAAGGAGCAAGGACAAUCUUGCCAGGUUUGGCCAUGCGUGUUAUGGUCGCGAUGACGGAUGCAAGCAUGUGGAAGAGUUCGUCUCUGCAAGAGAGCCGAGACAAGGCCAACUUAGCUGUACUGGGUCUCCUUGAGUGGUUGGUAAAGGGGAACUCGGGGCUUUUUCCGGCCGUUCGUUCUUAUGUGUUGACUAAUUUCCCCAUCCCAAAGACUGGCAAGGAUAACGAUCAUCCUCCAGAACGGGACAAGUUCAUUGUCACAGCAAGUGCUAUAACCAUGGCUUUAAGGCCCUUAACUGUCUUGUCGGCAGCGUAUCCAGCUCAACGUGAAGCAAAUGACGGCAACCGAACAUCAGAAGCCUCAUGUGUUCGCGCAGCAGAAAGUUUUGCUGCCCACAUACUUACAAUACCUUUCCUUGUUCAGCGCAUUCCUCCUUCACUUGUCCCUGCCCUUCAGCACCCUUCUGCGCUGGCACCUUGUCUUCGGUCAUUUGGGGUUUCUAUGAGCGGACCGAUGAAGGCUGCAACUUCAUCUCAUACGCAGAUGAGUAAAGUAGAGCAGGAACUUGAAAUAUUUCCCCCUUCACUAUGGGCUUUGGCUAAUAUGGUCAGUCUGGCUUCUGGAUCAGGCCCAGCAACUCUUAAAGGCAAAGAAAUCGCGGGACCGUUUGUUAAAGGAUUGGAUUUCGAGGAUUAUGUACAGGCCCUUUGUUGUUUACUGAGUGAUUUGAGACCCUGGAUCGACAGCAAACAGCAGCAGCAGCGUUUUAGAUCAAGAUAUACUUCUGAAGACUGUGAUGAAGGUGACGUAAAUCACUUUGGAAUAUUUAUGGACAGUGCUAGUGGUUCUAUAGAUCACAGUAGCAAUGAUAGUUUCACGGCUGUGCAUCAACUUCUCCAGGAGAAUUUGAAACCUGUCCAUCAGACCUGGCAUCUCCAGCAACUACUCGAAGCUUGUAGGAACUCCACCUCUGCAAAAGAGGAUCCUGCUGGGAUACAGGCCUUGCAGGGAGGAUCAUCUAAGGAGAAGAAGCCUCUUGGACUACCAGAAGUUGCAAAGCUCUAUUCUAGCUUGCUAGCUGCUUUUACUGCUUUUAAUCUAAGUGGUGGAUAUCCGGUCUUGGAUGUCUUAGCCUUAUCCCAGUCACUCUUCCCGCUUCUAUGGGACUGGCUGAGGUCUUCCCUUAAGCUACCAACUUCUAUAGGGUAUUCGUCAAAGUCAACCAUUCCAUCCAGCAGAAGCUCAUUCGCCCCCAAAGACGGGAAUCAAGCUAAGAAUGCAGGUGGAAAGUGGGCAGCUGCACUUGUUUUGAAAAUGAGAACGAGAAGUUCUGGUGCUGAGGGGAGUACCACAGCGGAUAAAGCGGGCAGCUCAAAUUUGGAAAAGCUGGAUUCGUCGAGGGAGUCCGAAGCUGAUUUGGGUGCUUCCCAGUUGUGGGCUUUAGAGGCAAUGAGAAAGGGUCCUGUGGGAGUUCCAUCAGAUGCUGUGCCGGUGCUUUCACUAUUUUGUGCAUCGUAUGCUCACUUGUUGGUGGUGAUGGAUGACGAACAAUUCUACGAGAGACAGUUUCCUUUUACACUGGAACAACAACGGAUUAUUGCAGCUAUGUUAAAUACGAUGGUCUAUUACGGUCUCAUGACUCCUUCCAAGGGUCAAGAUGCUACUUUGAUGGAUGCAGCUGUGAGAUGUCUGCGUUCCCUGUACGAGAGGGAUUGCCGACGUAGUUUUUGUGACGCUGCUUUAUGGCUUGCCCCAGCUACUUCCUUGGACCUUCACACUGCUGCUGCUGCCCGCGCACACCGAGAAGUUUCCACCGCUUCUGCAAAAAUGGGUGACACUUUUCAAGGCUCUGGGCUAGGCGCUGUGCUCACCACGAUUCCACACGUACUUCCAUUUGAGAAAAGGGUGCACAUUUUUAGAGAUCACGUGAAACAAGAUAAGAUGCUGAAGAGGAUGGGAGGAGAGGCUGUUGGACCUGGACCUGGGACAAUUGAAAUUGCUGUUAGACGGGAUCACAUCGUAGAAGAUGGGUUUGCACAACUAAAUGGCCUGGGCUCCAAGCUGAAGUCAUGCAUCAACGUUUCAUUUGUGAACGAGCUGGGAUUGUCAGAAGCAGGUUUGGACUACGGUGGUUUGUUCAAAGAGUUUCUAACGAACCUUGCGAAGUCUGCUUUCGACCCCGGGUAUGGUAUGUUUGUUCAGACUGCGACAGAAGAAGGCUUGCUGUACCCACAUCAAGCUGCUGCAAGUUUAGUGCAUGGGUUGCAGAUGAUUGAGUUUUUGGGACAGAUUAUUGGAAAAGCACUCUAUGAAGGCAUUCUCCUGGAGUAUUCCUUUUCCCCUCUCUUUGUAGCAAAGUUACUCGGUCGCUCUAGCUUUCUCGAUGAUCUGUCAAGCCUUGAUGUCGAGCUACAUCGAAAUCUUAUGUAUCUCAAGCAUUACGAAGACGAUGCGCGAGAUCUAGCACUAGAUUUCACUGUGACUCAGGAGCUUUUUGGGAAACACUCUGUUGUGGAACUCCGACCAGGUGGAGCUGACAUAGCUGUGACAAACCAAAACAAGCUUGUUUAUGUGUAUGCGAUGGCAGACUACAAAUUGAAUCGCCAGAUGAGACCGAUCAUACAAGCCUUUAUCAAAGGAUUGUCAGAUCUCAUAGCCCCCUCUUGGUUGGGUCUCUUCAAUGCCAAGGAAUUCAAUCAGCUGCUUUCAGGUGGAGAACAUGAUUUCGAUGUCGAGGACUUAAGGGCCCACACUCGCUAUACGGGGGGGUUCACUGACAGCAGCCGGACUGUCAAGCUCUUUUGGGAGGUUGUUGCCGGACUUGAAGCUCACGAACGUUGUGCUCUACUGAAGUUUGUCACGAGCUGUUCGCGAGCACCUUUGCUGGGAUUCAAGCAUCUUCAACCUGCUUUCACGAUACACAAGGUUGUAUGUGAUGCACCGGUUUGGGCCAUUAUUGGAGGACAAGACGUAGAAAGACUUCCAUCAGCAUCCACGUGUUACAACACAUUGAAGUUGCCCACUUACAAGCGCUUGAGUACGCUUAGAGAGAAAUUGCGGUAUGCCAUCUGUUCAAAUGCCGGCUUCGAGCUGUCGUAAUUGAGCAUUUUUAUUCGUCCCUGCACCUGCUGUAAGUGGUCUGAUUUUUGUAAAGUAUUUUGACAACUCUGUCCAGAUUAUCAUAGGCAGAUGCUAGUUCAGUUCUUCGCAGGGAAGGCACGGCAAGAGAUAUAUUGCAGCCAGCUGACUCCUCCUGAGCUGUUUUUACAUUCCCCCUUUUGGAAUCGGUUGAUCAAUCUUGUACAGCUUAUGAAGUCAUCGUUGAGAACCUCCCUUCUUGACAUGCUAGAUAUCUUUCCUGACAAAGGAAGACUACAACGUAUGAAGAUGUGUUUGUAGAUUAAGACCAAUGUCAUAUGUCUGCUAUGUAUACUAGGGAUAUAUGAGGGAAGGGUCAACCGUGACAUCAGUAGCAUAGCUCAACCUAUGAUUCAAGAAACCAGGUCAACCUGUCGGCCGUGUUGCCUGGAAUUGUAUUGAAGGUUUUUCACCUCAGUCUGAUCAUAAAUUUUUUAAACGCCAGGUUUGUCGAUGAGUUUAUAUUGAUAUUCAUCUUCAUCAUUCCUCAAUCAUAUCAGGUUCUUCAUACUAGGAUUCCUUCUCCUCGUGGAAAAACUGUAUCGACAGUGUUCAUAAGGUGCAGUGUCAUGGAACACGAGUGCUUUACUUCGUUAGGUGGACGUCAUUAUUUCGUGAUGAGAAUUGUCCAAUCGGUUCUCCUCUUGAUGGUUAAAGACUAGUGUGGGGGUUAUGAUAUGCCUGCAAGCGCAGGCCAGUAUGUUGCACGAUUUGAGAAUCUUCUGCUGUCAUAUCGAUCGAGGUCAUCCUGUUCAGUCCUCAUAUGCUUAUGGGCUCGAUUUGAUAAAAGUGGGAACCUUACCGAAGCUGAAUCUUUACAAACUUGCUCCAGUUUUAGGUUUUUUGUCAAAAUUUGGAAAUAAAUGAACCUUUCAGAUGCCCAAACUUUUCGAUUUAAAGAUGAGAAAAAGUUCACUCUGCGUCGCUUUUUAGAGGACGAAUUAAACACUGGAUCAUCUGAACGUCGUGAGCCAACGGCGGAAAGUAUCAGAUGUAAGCGGAAAGUACGAAGUGUAAGUACUUAUGUCUCGCCUCUCAUCAUUUUACUCGAGAAAGGUACUGAGACAAGCGAACCGGGUGGAAAAGUAAGAUCGGGACUUAAAUGUACAGUCUCUUGGUUGAAGUUGUCAAUACCUCUAAAAGGAAGAGGAUGUUUGUGAACAGGCGGAAGGUGUUGUGUGGAAGAAACAGGAAGUCACACGAAAG